CCCGGCCCGGCCCGAGCCCCCCGGCCCCGGCAGCUCCCGGACCCCGCCGCGGGGCCUGCGGCAGCACAUGGAGCGGCACGUCCCCGUCCACGCGCUGCCCGAGGAGAUCCGCAAGAUGUCCCGGGAUGAGACGGUGUGUAAAUACUGCGGGGUCAGCUACCUGAUCCUCCACGAGUUUAAGGUGAUGGAAGAGAAAGUCAAAGCAAUGGAAAAGGAGAUAAAGUUUUAUGAAGGAAGCAUCGAACGGGAGCAGAGGCUCCAGGCUGAAUUACAGGCCCUGUACCGAGACCUGGAGCGCUACCGAGCUGCCAGUGAGUCCAAAAGUGAAAGAAUAAAAAGCCUGACAAUGGAACUGAAAACCAAGCAAGAGGAGUUUAAAAAUGUGAAAGCUGAUUUGCAGUAUUUCCAGGAGGAGAAGGAAGCAGCCUACAAACAAUCCCAGGUGCUCAGAAGUACCUUGGAACACCAUUGCUCAACUCUGAACAAGGCUGUCUCCCUGUUCCCUUUCAUCAGAAGUGAGCUGGACAGCAUUAAAGAGGUCAUCUCCACUAACCUGGAGAACUGGGCUGCCAUGAAAGAGGAAAUUUCUCUGCAGAUAAAAACUGUGAGCAAAGAGGCUCUGACAGAAAUACCCAAAUUGAAUCAAAGAUUGGCAAAAUCCCAGAGGGAGAACGAAUGUCUGCAGGAGAAGGUGAAACACCUGACAGGGGUGGCCGACACAGUUGAGCUGAAAACCCAACAGCUCCAAACGUCCCUUCAGCAAGGGAACGAGCUCCAGAGCAGGUGCCGUGAACUGCAGAAGGAGACAUUGGAUUUAACAAAUCAAGUGGAGACAACUGGGCUGCAGCUGCAGAAGGUGACGGCCGAGCUGGACCACUACAAGAAGCUGUUAAUGAUGAAAUCAACAGAACUUGAAGUCUGUCAAAAUGAACUGAAAAAGAUGAAAUACGAAAACGGAAUUUCUGAGUCAAGGCUCACCAAAGAGCUCAAGGAAAAGGAGGAAUCCCUUCUGAUUUGCCAACAAGUCUGCAAACAUUUACAGGAGGAAGUGGCUGAGAAGGAGAGGAAAGAAGAAGACCUGAAAAGAAGAACUGGGCGAUCAGAGAGUGAACUGGAGACACUGAAAACUCUGUUGAGCCAAACAGAGGAGGAGGUGGUGAUGCUGAAACAGGAGAGGGAGCUGAUGGUGGUUUCCCACCAGACCAGGACGGAGCAGCUGCAGGAAGCGCUGAGGCAGAAGAUGAGGAGUGAGGAGACCUGGAGGGAGAAGCUGGAAAUGGAUCUGGCCAAAGGAGAGGCUCGGCAGAAAGAGGCAAUUCUGAAAGUCAAGGAGGAGGCCAGGGUGGAACUGGACCUGGAGAGGCAGAAACAGCAGGAGCUGAUCACAAAGUACCAGCGAGACCACGAGGAGCUGCAGAAGAAGAUACCAGGUUUAAUAUCCAGUGCCACCAAGAGCUUAAGGAUGGAGACAGAAAUCCUUGAGAAGAAGCUCCAGGAUGCCCAGAUGAAACUUGCAGAGAAAGAUGGAGACAAGGAGAAAGAAAUUCAGAGCCUUAAAAGACUGAUCAGUGAACUUGAAUUUCAGCUGACGAUGGAAAAGAACAACAACGAAUCAUUUCUGGAUAAACUGAGGAAAGAAAUGAAGCACAAGUCAGAUGAACUGGAAAAAUUAACCCAGGAGAGGACACAGCUGAUUCACAGCUUGAGUCAAGUCCAGGAGGAGGUAGGAACAUGACCCAGGAAAUGCCUGGCUAUUUUUACUUGGAGACAUGUGAUUUCUAACAUCAUUCAAAGUAUCUGUUUUUCAGACCAGAAAACCCCUUGAAAUGCAAAGAUUGCUAAACCAAGACCAUGAUAAUUUCAUAAAUACAGUAGAUUACUAAAUACAGGAAGUUUUAAUUCAGCAAACACUUAAACUGGGGGUUUAUUGUGUUUUAUUGAACAAUAUUUAUAUUUUUCAAGUCCUGCAGGAUAUUUCUUUCUCAGCCUGUAGCCUCAGUUAUGCUACACAAACAUGAGUGAACAACAAAGAAUUCCCCAUGUUUUUGGAGUGGAAGUCAUGGACAUUUCUCACUUCCCACUCUUUGAACUGUGUCCCAGCUCCCCCCAGCCCAGCCACAGUUCCCUGACACAGGAAUGCAUGGAAAUGACUCCACUGCAAAGAGGAGCUGGAGUGAUGGAUAUUCUGACCUCAAGCAUUUGCUGAAUGCUUGGAAUAGAAUGGGAAGGGAGGAGAGAGCUGGGCUGCUCCAUGAGAAAUGUGCAGUCAGGGACUGCAGAUAAGAUUAGGCUGGAAUGUCCGAAGCAAUUCAGUGGCAGAAAAAAAUUGGGAAACAGUGAAAAUUAAACUCUUCAAAAUGAAUUAGGGCCGGGGUUGGUAUUUAUGUCUUCCUUGGCAAAGGUUCAGGAACAGUGUGGGUGAAUUGGAGGGAUGUUGGCAGUGGGUCUGUCAGUCCUGCCCUGACCUGGGAUGGGGACGUGGAUCAGGGGUGGCCUUGGCAGAGUGGUUGGACUCGAUGGCCUUUCCAUGAUUCCACACAGCUCGUGCCCUUCCAUAAGGAGGGUUAUGUAGGAAAGGGUCAGAGGGAGGUGGUGCAGUGGCACUGAACCUUCCCAGGAGCAGCAUUCCCAGCUC